AUUUUCCAUGGAAAACUACAAUCAUGUUCAAUUGUCAAAUCACAAGCUGCAACCUAGUCAAACUUCACCUACUUCUCCUUAAGAUUUUCCAUUUAUUUUUCUGUAUUCGGUUCUAGAUUGUAAAAAUAAGUUAUUUUGACUCCCAAAAGCACAAGACUCAAAGGAGAGAUUGACCAAGAGAAAAAAAAACCAGCAAGCUUCACGCCAAAUCCCAAGCUAAGCUCCUAUUAAAAGCCAAGAAAAAUCCAUGAUGAAGGACAAGUUGCAAUUAUAUACUAAAACAAAAAAAAAACUAAUUUUUAAAGUUGAAUUAUCACCCCCAAACAGAAAUCUUGAACUUUCAUUAUGACUGCAACAGGAAUGAUAUCAGAUAAGCUUAAACUUGUUCGAUAAGAACGCGGAAACCAAACGUGUCAAAGGAAAGCAACCACUAACCAGUCCUCGAGAGCCCAAAGUCGCGUGCGUGCACCUUCUUCUGCACAGGUGGGGCCCGUCUCCUACGUGAUUGUUGUCCGCGUUGGCCCGUUUCCAAGUCUCCCAUAUUUAUUGCGCUUGGGAAGACCAGCAAAACGCCAUCGACCAAUAUAAAGCUUAAGCGCCUACGACAAAUCCACGAAAAAAAUGUCACCCUGUCCCUCUCCUACAUUUAUUACUGUUGUUUCGCCCACCCCGAGCCAACAUUUUCCUCACCUUUGUUCCGAUCAUCCACAUUUGACCAAAGACCAAACCAGCUUGCCCGUUCAACGCAUCUUUUGGAAUAAUAGUAGUAUAUGUAGUAGAGAAGGCAUUCUCUACCUUUCCUACCUUUACCUCCUCCAACAUCAUAUAUGCUUCCAGAACUGUUCUCCUGCAAUCUCUUCGAACACCUGUAAGCAAAGAGACAAGAAGCGAAGGAUUGAGGGAAAUAUUAUGAUGAGGAGGAAGCAAGAGAGACUGGAGCAGGGAUUGCAGGUGAAGGUACCGAGCCCGUUCCGGUGCCCCAUAUCGCUGGACGUGAUGCGGUCACCCGUAAGCCUGUGUACCGGCGUAACUUACGACCGCGCCUCGAUCCAACGGUGGCUUGAAUCCGGAAACACCACGUGUCCGGCCACAAUGCUCCCUCUCCCCUCCACCGACCUCGUCCCCAAUCUCACCCUGCAACGCCUCAUCCACGUCUGGUCCUCCUCCGCUGCCUCCGCCGCCGCUUCCCCCACCCCUCUCGUUUCCCGCCGCAUCGCCGGAGGCAUCAUUCGCGAGCUCCGCUCCGCCUCUUCCUCCACCAGUGACGACGAUCUCGUGCCCCAGCUCCGCAAGCUCGCCGACUUCUUCUCCGCUGACAACGUCGACGAUACCGACAAGAACGACCUCGUCAAUGCGGGCGGCUGCGCCUCCGUUCUCGUGUCUCUUCUCCUCGGAAGAGAUUUCAAGUUGGAGAGCUUGGUGGAGGUGGCUAGGAUUCUCGCCUUGAUCCUGACCUCCGAUUUCGUCGAAGAGAGCAACAAGAAGAUCGCGGUCUCCCAUCUUUGCACCGAUCUCGAUCGAUCGGUUUCAGCUUUGAUUCGAGUUUUGAGGGAUGGCAACGGCUUGGAGUCGCGAAUUGACGCGGCGAUUGUUCUUGACGCGAUCAUCGCCGCGUCUGAUGCGGGAACGAAGGUCCUGAUCGCCGAGGAGGUACUUAUCAGAGAGCUGGUCCGGCUGAUCGAGCCAUCCGAUGAGAAGGGAGCUGCGAUGGAUCGCCGGGCAGUCGAGGCGGGCCUGGGAUGCCUGGCGAGGAUCUCGACGGCGAAGCGGGCCCGCCCGCGGGUGGUCCGCGCGGGGGUGGUCCCAGCGCUGGCGCGGGUGCUGAUGGCAAACUCAGCGGUCGCGCCGGCUGCCACGGCGGAGAAGGCGCUGCGGGUGAUGGAGGCGGCCGCGGGGUGCGCGGAGGGCCGGGCGGCGAUCUGCGAGGACGGGGCGGCGGCGGCCACCGCGGUGGUGGCGAGGAUGGUGAAGGCCGGGAGGGAGGGGGCGGAGUCGGCGGUGGCGGUGCUGUGGAGCGUGUGCCAUGCGUUCCGGGACCGGCGGGCGGUGGAGGCGGUGGCCGCGGCGGAGGGAGGGGCGACGAAGAUGCUGCUGCUGAUGCAGAGCGGGUGCUCCCCGGCGGCGAGGCAGAUGGCGGCCGACCUGCUCAAGAUCUACCGCGUGAACUCCAAGAGCCGCCUCGCGGGGUACGAUACCAAGACGACCCACAUCACCCCCUUCUGAUCCCAACAAACCAGAAAAGGCACAGACAAAAAUAGAAUAAAACAAAAAAGAAUUUGUAAAUUGACAGAAAAAUUUUUAUAGAUGAAAAGUGACACAAAAAUGAUGAAUCUAACUUUUACUUGUUGAUGAUGUUCAUAUAAGACAUGAUGAGCAAAUAAUAGUGAUGCGAAUGGCCAUUCCACCAUAACAUCAUGCAUAACGUUCGCGGUGGUUCAGUGCUUCUUUACCGA